CACAAUUUCUAAGAUUUUGUCCAAAUUGUCCACCUCUCCUUUAAUAUGAACACAAGACUCUCAAACAUGUAAACAUGGGUCGUCUACUACAAUUACACAUUAGUGAAAUUACACCCACCACACCAAGAAACCAAAAAUCAAAUGAAAUCAAAGGAGAAAAAGGAAAGAAACACGGGUCUAAUAAAUUUGCUUUUUAGAGGAAAGAAACGUAAAUACGUUACCUUUUUUAGUGUAAUCUGUUUUUAUUUUUAUGAUUUUUUCCCAUAUUUAUUAUGAAACCACUAUUUCCUAUAAAACCUCCAACUCUUUCUCUCAUUUUCACAUUUUUCACCAUUUUCCUACACUCCUUCCCCAUUUUUAAGCUACCCUUUUUCAUAUAAAACCAAAAUUUUUAAAUAUCCACAAAAAAAUCCUUAAUUAUAUUUUUUGUUGUCUUUUUUUUUUUUUUUUUCUCAUAAAAGUGUCUUUUGUAUAUUUUGUUCUUCAUAAAGAUUGAAUUUUUUUUCUGCCAUUUUAAUUUCUGAAAAAAAGUUUAUCUUUUUAUUUUCUGGGUAUUUGUUUUUUUGAAGAAAAAAAAAAUUAAAAAAUUAAAGCUAAAAAAACAUGAAGUUUUGCAAGACAUAUCAAGAGUACAUGCAAAAUUGGGAGAGAGAAUUUCCAGGAGUUGGAUUCAAAAAUUUGAAGAAAAUUCUGAAGAAAUGUAGGCAUGAUAUUGAUUCCCACAAUUCCUGUGAUGAUAAUGGUGAUUUAAUUCCUUCUAAUUGUCCUCAUCAAUGUCCUGUAUGCGAUGGUACAUUUUUUCCGUCACUUCUCAAAGAAAUGUCUGAUGUAGUGGGUUGUUUCAAUGAGCGUGCUCGAAAGUUGCUUGACUUGCAUUUAGCAACGGGUUUUAAGAAGUAUUAUGUAUGGUGUAAAGGAAAGCAGAACCAUGUAUCUUUGAUUCAGGAGGGGCAGGACCUUGUCACUUAUGCCAUGAUUAAUGCAAUUGCAGUUCGGAAAAUUUUGAAGAAAUAUGAUAAGGUUCAUUAUUCUAAGCAAGGUCAAGAAUUCAAAUCACGCGCUCAGAGUAUGCACGUUGAGAUCCUCCAAUCACCAUGGCUUAGUGAGCUCAUGGCCUUUCACAUUAAUUUAAGGGAUAAAAAGGCAAAGGCAAGAACGGGAGCUAAUUUUUUUGAGGGCUGCGCUCUUAAAUUUACAGAUGGAAAGCCGUCGCUGACUUGUGAGCUCUUUGAUUCUGUGAAGGUGGAUCUUGACUUGACUUGUUCUAUUUGUUUGGAUACAGUGUUUGACCCUGUUGCUCUUACCUGUGGCCAUAUAUUCUGCUACAUUUGUGCCUGCAAUGCUGCAUCUGUGACUAUAGUUGACGGACUGCAGGUCACAUCUCCAAAGGAGAAGUGUCCAUUGUGCCGAGAGGCUGGGGUCUACGAGGGCGCUCUGCACUUGGAGGAGCUUAAUAUAUUAUUGAGCCGAAGGUGCCAUGAGUACUGGGAAGAGAGACUUCAGUCGGAAAGGUUGGAGAGGAUAAAGCAAGCUAAAGAACACUGGGAAUUUCAGUGCCGAGCUUUCAUGGGUGUUUGAACUAAAUUGCAGGUGCUGAUUCCAUCAGCCUUGUUAGGUGAUCGACCUUUUGGAUUUAGCUAUUUGGAUUUGCUUUAAUUUGAUUGUUGAAAGCCUUGGGCCUUUACCCUGGUGCAUAAUAGCUUUGUCUGUAAAAUAAAAACUUUUUAACCAAUAAGAUACUUGAUUGAGUGAUCGGACAGCAAUCCUUGGUUGGACUGUAGAGUGUUUUAGGCAACCUCCAUUUUAAGGUAUUCAGAAAAGAAUCCAUUUCUCUGGUUG